CCGAAGAUGGGGAAACUCGAAGGAGGGAAGAAAGCAAAACGAAGACAGGCGAUUCGCUACUGGCACGAUAAACAGAUACCCUCUUCUGGAAUGGACAACCGGUAUAUCUUCGAACCACGUUCUUCUCGUCGCGGUUUCAACAUUGGAUCAACACUGCCACUUUUCGUUUUGCAACGAAUUAAACGAAGCGGAUACUAUCACGCUGUUUAGAAGACAGAAUCGUGCAAUAACUUCUAGUUUCAUAAGUUGUGAACGAUUCCGUUGACGUUAUUAUGACCCAGGGAGCUUCAGAAAUUUACCUUCGCAUAGUUUAUAGAUUUUUCCAUUCGAAACAAUAAAGUUUCGCGGUUAGAAGCUCGUCGAGGCCAUCACUGGUUGGCGCCAUCUAGCAAAGAGGAACGACCAAAAGAGAAAGAAGUUCUCGGAGGGAUCGCGACGCAGGAUCCGAAGAGGGACGAGGAAACAGCAGGGAAAGACCGAGCCGGAGAUGGUCGUAGCUCCGCUUGCGCUCUCAGGCACAAACUACUCGACCACCAACCAGCACGGAUCCAAAACCCUACCUUGCUUCUUACUUUCUUGUCUCUCGUGGUACACGCUCGCUCUAGGAUCAACCCUCCGUCCUCGCCUGCACUCGUUUUUUUUUAUCUGACCCAUGUGAAACUACGCCUCGCAUGCAACAUACUUCAGUAAACGUUACCUUCAACGGGUCUCUUGAAAAUGGUACUCGUUACCGCCGCUUGAUCUUCUGCGACCUCUCUGUAGCUCCGUAGGACGAUCAUGAGCGCCGAUGAGCAAACCUUAACGCCGAUGUCCAGUGAAAAGCGAUCUUUCGUCGAGAGAUCGGGGCAGCAAGUGAUUCGGGUUGUUUUCGACACGCGGAGUUGUCUCGUAUGAGGCGAAUAUUUGUAAGAGUCCUCUGUCAAGAGGUAGUCGAAUCUGGACGAGGAAAUUGGCAGGGUUCGAAUGAAAUUGAGUCGUAGGGGAUCAUUUUCGUGAUCCGUAGAUCUCGAUGUUUCUCGUGAAAAGCACCAGGACAGUUUGAACGAACAGUGAAUGUUGUGAUAAAAAGAAGGAUUGUACUGUACGAAGUUCGAAGCUGGCGAAAUGAAGAUCCAUUGGAAGGCGUGAAGCGGAUUCGGACAUCGUGCACGUGCUACAAGGGUGAUCGAUCAUCGUCGAUCGCAGCGGUCAGGAUUCAUCGCAUGGCUCGUCGGAUCCAGUUGAAAUUUAGCAGAAUGCUGUGUAGAAGAUGCGUCUUCUAGUUCUGGUCCUCGUGGGCUGCUUGAACGUUCUCGAGACUGUACGUUGCCAAGAGCUUUCGGUCAUCAGGCACUCCGAUGGAGACAUUUUCACCUUGGAAGGAUCCUGCACAGAGGCAUGCACGAUACUCAGCAGCGGUACGGCCAGUCCUUACACGCAUAGUCCUUCCACCGCAGGACUCGUUCCUCCGAACAACACCUGCACCUGCCAAUGCAACUACGGGCUGCCAACCUUCCGGGAGGAUCUUCGCAUCUGCGUGAAUGAUAUUCACGAAUGCAACGUCGCUGGUUUCGUCAGCAGCACGGGUCAAAUUGAAAAAGUGCCGUACGUCUACCUACCCCAACGUGGACAGAUAAUUUAUCCCCAUGCAGAAAUCUGUUUCGAAGGUGUGGCGACGCCAGUGUGCGGAAUAACCGGUGCUCAGCAAUUAGGAAGAGCAGGAUGGUCGGAAUUGAGGAACCUUUCGGACACCGAGCCACCGUUUAGACUGUUUCGCGACGAGGGGAGGACGUUUUUGCAGUGGAUCGGUGAAACAGGACUGAGGGAAGCUGCAGAGGGUCGCGUCGUGACUGCCAAACUCGUCUGCAGGGAUGCUUCUCCUAAGUCGAAAUUUCCUGGUGUGUUCACGCCGUGCGUAGCUUUCAGGGUAGCUGGUUCACCGUCGAAAAACAACGUUCGUGAAGUGACGUUUUCCUCGACGACGCAAUUGUCUCAGGGACUUUCGGCCACAGAAUAUACAGCCAUAGGUCUGUCGUCCGUGAUUCUGGCACUGAUUUACGUUGCCAGUGUGUCGUUGUAUCUUCACAGUAAGAAAGUGAAGAGGAAGAUCGUCGAAGAGCCGGAAGUAAGCUUGUCGCCCGGCCGAGAAAUAAGCGGGUUAGUGAAGAACAACCCGUUGCUCGCCGCUUCGAGGCACUUCGAGAGCGACACCAACAGCGGUCUGACCGAAAGCGAUCUUGGCGAUGAACUUCCAGCGAGCGACGGUGAACACGGCUUCGAGAACGUGCGCGCAACAAAUGUAACAUCAGCCAUCGUUCAUCCUCGCUGCGUCUACUUGGACCAAUCGGAUACCUGUUUCGGAUCCGGGACGAUUUUGGGCGAACGAAUACCGGAAGAGGAUGUACGAGUCGUGGAAACUGCGGACAAUCCUCACCAGCAAGAUGUUCCUGUCUUACCCGGUGCUCAGCGACGGAAAUUAUACUUUAACCCUGCCUAUUUUGACAGACAAUUGUUGCUUGCUCCCCCUCCAGCAGCAAUCGAGUUCCUUCUCAAAAUCCGGGAGGUCAUAUCCAUCGCGAAACACAAGAUGGUCGCAAAGAGAUUCGUACCCACCCUUGUCAGUAUUCCAGAAGAGGAAAGCAACCCGGACCGAUACGACACAAACGACAAGGGCCAACAUCGGUCGACUUCCAGCUCCGUACAAGGGUCCAUCACAAAAUCGCGAAAGCCUCAACGAUGCACAGGGUGCCCCGGUUGCACGGAAUAUAUCAGAAACGCGGCUACGUUUCCGGGAACCGAUCCUCUCAAUCCUGGUGAGAGCAAGGUACGAGCGUGGUUAGAAGACGUGCGUUCGACUCCGCAGCGUCGUUGGAAGAACGCGAACGAAUGUCGGAUGAUCGUUCAGGAGGAUGACAAGAAUUUCGAAAAGAAUCUGGAAUACUUGAAAGAAAUGGCCAAGCAAGACUUUGAGACGGGUACAAAGAGUCUGACGAGGAAGCUCGCUUCGUGGAAGGACAAUCCAUCGAUGGGGAAAAUGUGUCGAAACGUGGCCAGAAGCGAAAUCCUCGAGACGAAUGACCGAUACAGUGUCUCGAACCGUUCCACCAAGUCGAUGUUCGAAGAGUUCAACUAUUAUUCUCGAAGAAACGGAGACGAUUCUAACGGCAACAACACUAUGAACGCUAAAGUGAGAAAAGCCAUAGAGAACUCGUUCAUCGAACAAAUGGAGGAGAAUUCCGUUUUAAAACCUCGAACCAACGACGAACAGGAGACCGCGAAAGAGGAGACGAUCUCUGCCGAAAGCAAAGACGAAGGAACAGAGAAGACGAUUUCCAACGAUGGCUCGUCGCGCAAACGAGAGAAGAAACCGAACGAGAGUUCGACGACGACAAAAGAGCUACCAGACAUGAUCAACGAGCUUCCUAAUGCGAAGAACACCGCAAAACGCAUUAUGGACGCCGUGAUUCGCGAGAUGGUCGACGCAAAGGUGCUGGAACAUCAUUCCAGAUCCGGAAAUGGCACGGAUUACGAGGUGGACAGUUUGGAGCGUUCGAAAUGCAGCAGAAAAUCAUCGAUAUCUCCCGAGUCUACGAAUCAGUCGAGUCCCUCUUUAUCCACGGCGUUGCCGAUGGACGAGGAAUUAACGAUGCAGAACGCGGUGAUCAAUACCAGAACCGGCGAAACUAUGACGUCCAAUAAACUGAACAAAGACGUUCUAGAGAGGAACUACUAUAAUAGUCUGCCCGAACUGAUCUCUUCGCAGAGAUCCGAGAGUUAUUCGUUGGUCAGCGAGGUGUACGUGAACGACGGCUACGACAGCCCAGCCUGUAGCGACGAUUCUGGUCCAGAGAUUCGCUACGAGCCCGAGAACCCGGGACACUUGACCAUCAAAGUACAAGACUCGCCGGAGAACUACGUGAAGCAAGACGAGUCCGAAUACGAGCCUGAUACGUUGGACAGGAAACCGAUGAAAUUGAAGAUCAACGUCGACGUGAACUACGAGAAGGAUGUUCCGGAAGAAAUUUACGUGGACUCUCUCGAAAGACCUGCCCAGAUACUGCUCAAAAGUAAAGGUAGCUUUCGCGAUCAAGACUCGACGAGAAGCAACACGCCUUUGCAACGCGGCUACGGUAGUCUUCGAGAGAUCUACGAAGCUAGGUUGAAAUCGAACAUCAGAGACUCCAACUUGUCGAGCAGCACGAGGUCGUUGAACGGCCACGCGGAGGACACUGCCUCCUGGAAAAGAUGCAAGUACCUAACACCGGAGAGCAGGCAGUUGAAGAGACAGCGACAGCCGAGUAACCAGCCCGACGUGGUGCCGUUACCGCCUACGGAAGAUAUCUACCAGCACCCUAAACCCCCGCGUCGCGUGAAAGACGCGAGAUUAUCCUCCCUCGUGUCAAAAAACGGUUGGGACAGGAGUCCUGCCGAAGCGGGUGACCCUACGACCAGCGACGGUGCUCCUGUCCGCAGCGACGACCUUAACGUAGGGGCCACUGAUCGUCCUUGCUCUUGCGAGUCUCGAGCACUGUCCGAACAAUCGAUAACCAGAUGUAGGCAUCGAGUAGAUGCGCAUUCCGUCGACAACUCCAAGACUAACUUAUCCUCGUCCUGGAAUAACGCUCGCUGCUGUCAGAAGGACAGGAAGAAGCUUUUGAAUCAGUGUCAUCAGCACGCGUUGACCAAGCUCAAGCCAGGGGAGAAAUCUAAACAAGACUGCCAGAAAAAGCACGACGAAUAUCAGACUUGCAAGAAACACUCGGUCAAGCAUUCCAGAAGCUUCGAAUCGAUAAACGGUUCGGUGAAUCGCGUAUUCGAUUGUCAAUCGCCGCGAAUCAAAGUCGAAGAUAGUGGAUACCUCAGCAGUACGGACAGCAACGGGUCGCACAAGCAACUGCUUAAACACGAAGUGAGCAGCGUCUCUGAAACCGACGAGACGGAAUCUGUCUGUGAUGGAGCCAGUGAAAGUGGCGCUGAGAGCGUAGGAACCGACAGCGUAUUCUUUGGAAACUUUCGAAGACUAGCGGAAUCUUCUCGCUUCGACUCGAGCGUAGACGGUAAUGCGUAUUUUCAGCCGUUCGGCAUCAGAAAUGAAAUUGGAGCUUCGGAGAGAACGAAUUUCAGCACCAGCGACAGCGAGACCGAGAGUUUCAUCACGGUCCUUCCCCCAACGGAAGCAAUUUAACGAUUACUCUACUGCCACUAGAAAUUAAAUUCGGAUAGAUUAGAGAAAAUUUUGUUAGUUACGUUACAAGGAGACACAGUUGUUCCACAUGCGACAAUUCGUUCGGAACGAGUAAAAAUCAAAAUCAACUUGCCAUCAGAUUAGACAGAGAUUUUUGCGAGUGGCAACAAGUAUUUUAUUCCGGAACAGGUACUUAGUAUCGUUUAAGUUUACGGCCAGUAUACUGCUUCUUCCAUUUUAGAAAUCGUAAAUAUAAAAUAUUGUUAAUUUAUAGAAUUAUCCGUUUCUAAUUUAAUGAAAUAUUAAGCGCCACGCGUUUAAAAGUUCGUCAAGCGGGUAAAAGAGCGUAGAAGUAUGAAAUUCUGAUACAUAUUUAUGAGACUACGUUACUGUUAAAUGUAUUUAUUUAACUAUGGUUGCUAUCAAUAAUUAUUUCAACAAUUAGUAUAUCAUUAGUAUAAUAACCUACGUUGUUUAAUAACUGCCAUUGUAAGAUUUAAUUUAAUGAAAACAUGGCCGGAAGUGUGCAAUACUACUAACGAGAAAAUUAUAAUAUCUAUAAUGUACAAUAACAGAACGUUAUUACUAGUCGAUGUGAAAAGUUACGAAACAUCGUUGCUUUAUAUUAUUUUACUAAAUAUUUAAUACUUAAUACUAUCUUUAGAUACAGAAAGUCGCUUAGACUUUUUCUAUUUUUCACAGAGUAUACAUUAGGCCAUUCUUUACAAGAAAUCAAUUAUUUAAUAUAUAUUUUUGUCAAUUUUUUCUGCGUCACGAUACUGUUAUUCAAAUGUUCCAGUCAAUAUACAAUAUUGUAAAAAUAAUCGCGCAUGCGAAUGAUAUCUUGCCAAAACGGUAUUAAUAUUCUAUGCUGAUUUUUAUCGACUUUGUUAAUACAUACGUUAUCGUUAUUUUUUACAACUAUUCAUUAACACAUCAUUAUAUAGGUAUAGAUUAAUUAAAUCUUGUUAUUUCCUUGUUGCAGCAUAAGAUACAGUUAAUCCUAUUCAUUAUCGGCGACAAAGGUUUAUUUUAUUUAUGUUAAUUUUAAAUACGCGUAUUCUAAUAUAUCCUAUUGUUAUCGCGUUAAAUUAUUAUAAAUUAAUAUAUAUGUAUGCGUGCGAAAGGAAAACAUUUGUUAGACAAGAAACCGUCCACUAACACUUUUCUAUUCAAUAUUUUUAAUACUUCAUUAUACGUAUUUAUAUCAGAAGCGCAUGCUUCAAUGUACCUGCCAAAUGUAUAUACGAAAUAGAAUUUAAUAUAUUGAAUGACAUAGCGAUAGUUUGUAAGUAUAUUUUACACCGUCUUGGAAGAAAAGAACAUUAUUCUAUUGUUACGAAUAAAUAUUGUAAAGAUUUGAUCAAAAAUUAGAAUGUAUAUUGUGAAUCAGAAAUAUGGAGUCGCGCUCGACAAGGACUCAAAAUCUAAUGUCUUUUAAAUAUAUAAUAAAAUGUUUC